CUUCUCUGCCUCUCCGACGACCGUAGCCACGCCGUCUCCUCGUCCUCGACCUGCCGGAGCUCUCCUCUCGCUUCCAGUCCCCUCGUACCCUUCGCAGAUCCGCUAUCUGCUUCCUCGGAAGCUCCACACCGCCGCGAAACUAUGCUCGCCGCGGCCGCAGUCGCCGCGUUUCCUCCCGCGGUUUUGUCUUCUCCGGUCAGCAUGACCAGGAGGUUUUCUUGGAGCUGUCGAGCAGAACGGAUUUCAGCUGGGUUCUCCCAAUUGGAGGUUAGAAAAGUCAGCUACCGACCUCCUGGAACCGAGCAAAACUUGUUGAAUCAAACUAGUCUCUCUCUCCAGGAUAAAAGUUUUGGCUUGAUAUUUGGACGGAGUGGGAGUGGAAAGACUACUCUCUUACAGCUUUUGGCGGGUCUAUCAAAACCUACAUCUGGUUCAAUUUGCAUUCAGAAGUAUGAUGAUAGUGGAAAUCCGUUGGGUCCGUCAGAAUUAUUAGCUUCUCAAAGAGUCGGUAUUGUUUUUCAGUUUCCUGAGAGGUACUUCUUAUCAGAUACUAUACUUGAAGAAGUUACUUUUGGAUGGCCGAGGCAAAAGGCAGACAGUCUUUUGAGGAAGCAACUCACUUCAAAACUCCAAAAUACCCUUAACUCUGUUGGUAUGAGUGCCAUUUCAUUGGAUAAAAAUCCACAGUCUCUCAGUGGUGGGUUCAAGCGACGACUUGCUUUGGCAAUUCAACUGGUUCAGACUCCUGAUUUAUUGUUGCUUGAUGAGCCCCUUGCUGGUCUUGAUUGGAAAGCUCGGGCUGAUGUUGUGAAUCUCCUGAAGGCCCUAAAGAAAGACCACACGAUACUGGUUGUAAGUCAUGACCUAAGAGAACUGUACCCACUUGUAGACCGCUCAUGGAGAAUGGAAAUGGGGGGAAUUUUGAAGGAGGAAUCUUUACCUGUGUAAUAUGCUUUCGUUCGAAUAACUGUCAAGCAUGCUGAGCUGUUUACGAGGAGUCUCCAUUUCAGGUAUUGACGUAUGAUUAACUGCUUCACUAGGCUUAACACUAGAAGGAUCAUGGCACUGCACAAAUAGUUUCUACAACUGCCGACUCACAAAAUGUUACUGCAGUAAAGCAUAUACAUUAAAGCUUAAAACAGAGAAAAUAGGACUUAUCCCAAUUAGCUGGUUUUGUUUCUGCACCUUGCAACCUGGGGAAUCCUCUACAAGUUGAUAUCUUUCACCAGCAUUGAGGUCAUCUCAUCAUCUGCUCGAUUCUUGGUGGCUGCUGCGUGGCAAAAUGCAUGUUUCCUGGCUGUUGUGUGCUUCUGGUGGAGAGCGGCUGGGCUGAUGGUUGGCGCCGCCAUCAUGUUUUGUGCUCGGAUACUAUUAUAGCCUUCGCGUGUCUCAGGUGGAGGAGAGGUGUAGCUUUUUUUCUUCUCUCUGGUGUAUCGCCGUUCUAUUUGUCUCUUUUUCCAGUUGUUGUUCUGCUGGUCUACUUCUCUCCUGGUUUGUAUAUAUGUAUCCUGAGCCCUGACUCCAGGGUGCGUGUGAUGCUGCAAGCUGAAUAAGUUGUGCAUGUUUGUUGUUUA